UCCACCGAAGUACUCUGAGGAGCAGACCAUGGAGGACGACUUCCAAGUGUGCAGGAACUGCAAAAGAAGUGUGGCCUCUAGCCACUUCACUCUCCAUGAGGCCCACUGCCUGCGUUUCCUGGUCCUUUGCCCGGAAUGUGAGGAGCCCAUCCCAGAGUCAAAGAUGAAGGAGCAUGUGGAAGCUGUGCACCAGCAGACCAAGGAAAGCCAACAGGACCCUGCCGAGUGCAAGUUCUGUGAGCUGGCUGUGCAACUCAGCAAGCUGGACGUCCAUGAGUACCACUGUGGCAGCCGGACAGAGCAUUGUCCACACUGCAACCAGCGCGUUAUACUCCGGGUACUGGCACAGCACAAAGACCUGUGUCUGAGUGCAAAGGGCAAGCCUAAGGAAGGGAAGAGAGCUGUAUCACCUGGAAGAAAAACCCGUUGUGAUAUUUGCAAACAAAUGAUUCCAGAACAUAAGUAUGCCUCCCACAUGAAACAGUGUUCGGCCCCGAGAACGGUGACGUAUCUUCGCGAUGGAAGGACAGUAGUCCUUCCCUCAACCCUUCCACUUAUGAACACUGGAAAUCAAACAUCCACAGUGAGCAAAGAUGUCCGUCCAAAGACAAAAAAUAGAAACAGUUCAACAAAGCGAGAGACAAAGGACCAAAGUGGCGCUGUGGAUCUGCCCUUGAAGUCCAGGCUCCAGCAAAGGACUGCUCUUCCUAAAGGAGAGGAGACAGCCUAUGACAUUCUCCGGAAGUGUCGUCAGUGCCGAAUCUUACUUCCCUUGCCCAUUCUAAAUGAGCACCAGGAGAAGUGCCUGAGGUUAGCUCAACAAAAGAAACUCGUGAGGAGGGCCAGCUGGAUUCUGAAGAGCACCAGUUCACAGUAGCUCCCCAGUUCACACUGGCUUCCCAGCUUCCUUUCCUAGGGGUCACAACUUGGUUUUGUUUACCAGUCUCUGUAACCGAAUUUUUCCCCUUUAAUUUCUAACUGUUUCAUACGUGGUUACAAUGUAUUCUAAUCAUACUUACCCCCAUUGCCUUCUGCCACUCCCCCAACCCACUCCUAUGAACCCUAUCUUCCCAACAGUUCCCUGCUUUCAUAUCUCGAGUCCAUGUUUGUUGGUGCUUGUGUGUGCGUGCACACAUGCUAGCACACACAUGCUUAUCCAGGUCUUGUGCCGGUAACCACAGCUGAUGUGUGCCCCUGUUUGCAACAGCCAUGGCCAGGCUAAAUCCAGAAGAGGGCAUCUGACAGCACUCCACCCUGCCCCUAAUCCUUUGGUUCUGGGUCCCAUCUUCCUCAAAGUCCCCAUGGAGGGAUGUCUCAUCUUGGGCUCAGGGCAGGGUACUCAACUGUCACUUUUGGCACUAUCAGACCAGAUGGGUUAGGAAUAUGAAGCCUGGAGGGACAGAUAUAGCAGGAGAAAGGAAAGAAGGAGGGAGGGAGGGAGGGAGGGAGGGAAAAUGGAAAGGAAAGGAAAGAAAAGAGAAGGGAGAGGGAAGGGAGAGGAAAGGGAGGGGGAAGGGAGAGGGAAGGGAGAGGGAAGGGAAGGGUAAAACAGGGAGAAUUAAAGUUCCCAGAAAAAGGCUGAUUGCUAGAAGGGCAAUGGUUGUGGGGAGGUUAGCAUGGGGCAGGUCCGUCUUGAGCUAUCUUAGCCUCUUAAAAGGCUGCUAAUUGUCCACAUCUGUGUGUGACCUAACAUCCUGUGACUCCUAGGUAAAGUUUUGGAACAUAUGAGCAGAUCCUAACUGCUAAGAAGGUCAUCACAUACAUAUAUGUCUGGGGCCUAUAGCAAAGUCUCCCUGCUUUGCUGUAACUGCCUACCUGUCGUAUCACCAGAAUUUGUAAAAUGACCUUUGUUCUGUUGUUAUAAAAACUUCACAGAAAUUGCUACCAAGGUCAGAACACGGAUAUCUGAAGCUGUAUUUUUGGACCAUGGUCUCUGAUUUGGCUCGAAAAUAAACUCUCUUCAUCUGC